CUAGUGUACAGAGGAGGACGGAUAGAAGGAGGGCAGCUCUGAGGAUAAAUGCUCUCUUUCAUUUCAAAGUGAGAGAAACCCGUCACUGGAGGCACAUAUAUUUCCACGCACAGGAGCUCACUGGAAACGGCUGUUUUUAGAUGUCUAGUCUUGGAGAUCCAGCGGGGAGGACCAUGGAUAACAAGCACAGCAGCUCACCUCAAAGUUUUGGCUCGAUGAGCUGAGUUUGAUCUUCAAAGACGUGCUCCGGGGUCAGCAGGGGGAAAACGCGUGGAGCCGGCGGACUGACUGUUUGGGAAGGUGUUGAACAUUAGUGAUGGUUUAGUGACUCUGAACUGUGGCCUCUUGUUUGAUGGGACAGGUGCAGGAUUUUCGCGCCUACAACAUGGGUCAUUGAAGUGUCAAGUUUUUUCUCUGCAUCCAAACGGCUCAAUAUAACUCCAAACUGAGGUGUCCGGACUUCAAUAGUCGUCAAAACAGCAUAAGUUUGAUUUAUUCUAUGUCGUAUUUAAAGGCGUUCAACUGCUUCUGUUAAUCACCUGACCUGGGCCCCUCACGAUCAGAAGAUAUGCGACUGCCACACCGUGUGCGAGGAAUUCACGCAUCUCUUGGGGAGUGGGCGAGCUGAAGACGUAGCACACGCGUGUGUUCCUUCAUGUGUGUGGAAGUGUGAAGGAUUUACUGCAUUUUAAAGAACUCAGGAGAAACCACUUAGUACUCUGAGAAAGAAAUAGGUUUAAAAUCUGCUUCAUAAAUGGAGCUGCAGAAAUACCUGUUGUUCCUGGAGUUUGUCUUCCUUCUCAAAGGUAAGAGCCACCUCACCGCUUUUAGAUCUAUGCUUAAGACCAUUUUUAAGUCAAGUUUUUAGGAUUAAAGCUCCUGUGAGAAUUUUUUUUUAUAAUGACCAAACAGACUGAUGCCACUUCUUGACCAACAGAAGUUAACAAGAUCAUGAACAACAAUGCUGACAAAAGCAUUGGUCAUUUGUAAGGCCUUAAAGGGAUAUUCCGGUGUAAAAUUAAUUUAGGGUCCGACCGCUUGCUUCUCUAGUUAUACCAACUUUAGUAACGACCGCAUGAUAGCAAUACACAGCGAUCUCAGGAGCCAUGCACUCAACCAAAACAUCACUCGAUAGCCACAAAUUAUGCUCAGAACAGCGCCUAACUUCAUCAACAGUACAUAUAAGGUCCUAGUCAAAGCACUAUCACCAAACAUCUUUUUAACUUUGCCUAAUAUCUUACCAAAGAGAUGAAACACAACUCGCCUACUCUCAUCCAGCAGCUGUUUGUUUGUAGUGAGAACUAGGGCCUAUCUAUUAUGGACUAAAGUGGGAUGACGCAGCUUUAGGAAUCAGACCAAGACGCUAAGGCAGAAGAACUACCGUGUCUGCAGUGCAAAAUUAUUAAUAUGGUGAUUAUUACUUGGAAAUGAUAAAGAAAUGAUCAUAAAUGUUCUUCCUUGAGCUGCGUCACCCCACAGCAAUCCAUAAUGUACUGGCCUGAGGUCUUGCUACAAACAAGCGGCUGCUGGAAGAGAGUAGGGUGUGUUUGAAAUAAUAUUAUGCCGUAAUAUCCCUUUAAUGUCACAUUUGACUGUCAAAAUGCAGCAGAAUAAGAUUUUUCUGUGAGAAAAAGGUACAUGUAGAGGACAAGAUAUGCAAAAACUACUUUGUCCACCGGGGGCAACAAAAUUUACCCUGACUGAAAGUUACUCACAGGAGCUUUAAAGUAUCUGGCUUUUUAAGCAUCUUUUGUAUGAGUAGGACUUCAAUCACAACUUUGAUUUGUGAACUUGGGGAACUAUGCAAAUUAUGACAACCUCUUUUUCAUGAUUGAUGCUUCUUCACUGCCCAGGUGCCCCCCUGUCCUUCAGCUCUGUCAAAUCCAAUUACAUGGACCCUACUAACCAACCGUUUCACACUUUAACCGACAACACAUGUGAAUGACCCUGUCAUGUGUGCCUCCUUAAGGCCCGGAGAGCUUUGUUCUAUGUGAUAGUAAGCGACUGACCAUGAAACAUUCCUAACAUGAUUGUGUGCAUGAGAGUUGAGAAGCAGACCCAUUAAAACAUAUGGCCGCUCUCCAUUUGCCAAACAGAUCAAAGUUAAAGGAAGUUGUGCAUGAGUCCAACAAAGAAAUGGUUCCUGGUUUUAAAGCCGGAUAAUCCAGUAAAUCUAUCCAUUUUGUCAGUCCUGAGGAAAUAUUUCAAUCUUGUUAGUGACUCCCAGCUCUGUUAGAAGGUAUCUAAAGCAAAAGGAGAUAUUUGCUGAUAUAUCCUCUGCCAAAAGGUUACUAGUUCAUCUCCGCUUACAGCCCACAUCUCCUGACCUGUGCGGCAGCGUAACUCAACCUCACAGGUCAUAUCAGCCUCUUUCAUCGCUUAGACUACAUGUCUACAGUCCCCUAAAAAGGCGCCUGUGCCAUGUGUGUUCACUCCCUACUCAUGUUCACUGUGGCAGUGCGGCCUCACACACCUCAUUGAGCCGACCCUGACCACCAGAGAGAAACCAAAGAAAAAGACUCUUGUUGUCUAGCAAGGAUAAGUGUUUGUGCAGCUGAUAAGCGCUGGUUUAAUUGCUGCUUUGUGGCACAUAGCCGUGACAUAAAGCGAGAUCAAUAGCCUUAGAUUAGAUAUUAUGUUGUGCGAGUAAAACAUGUUUAAGUUGUUCCUGCUCUCUGACAUUUGUGCCAAAUUUUUACAUGCAAACUGCAGACUACUUAUCCAUGCUAUGUAAAAUGCUUCUCGCCCAGCACACACACACACACGCAUAUACACACGUGCCAAAUGAUUCCUGUGGUUAGAUGGGACACAUUACCUUUAAUUUUCUGUAUAAAUGGAGCCUAAACGGUGUAACUUCACCACUGUGUAACCUUUGAUUCAUCUGCACUCGAACUUAUUUGAUUUCAGCGAAGCAGUUCUUGCAUGUGCUACCUCGUUCAUGUGUCAGACGUAAAUAUGUAGGUGAGUGAGUAUGUGUGUAAUGUUAAUGGUUUCAGCAGAGCUCCCCUGAUGCAGCCAGCAGGCUCUCCAUGUCUGUUACACUCUGUUAUGCUUUACUGAGAUGUUGAACACAGGUGUGUGUGUGUUUGACUCAGUUCCAGUGGUCAUUCAUAAAUUUACGCCACUAUUCUCCCUGCUAACUUCCUCUGUUAUUUUACUCUCCCAUCAUUCGCUCACUGUCAUUCCUACUCCCCCUCAUCUCCCACCCCCAUUCCCCACGAGAGGGUGACAGAGAUGAGAACAGAACACGGAGGAGAUAAUGGAUAGAAAAGCUGUGAAAGUGGGUGAUAGGAGGUGAAGAGGGAGAUGUUUGGGAAACAUGAGUCGGUCAGAUGAAGAUGACAGAAACAGAGACGGCUCCGCUGCUGUUCACAGAGGUGCUAAAAGUCAGGGGGUUUUUAGUAAAGAGAGAAAAAAAAGAGAAAAGUAAAGAGAUAAACUCAGAUAUAUUACAGCAAUAUAUUACUGUUAAAGGGAUAUUCCGGAGUAAAAUUAAAUUAGGGUCAAACACAAUGUAACACCGGGUUAGACAGCCCCUUUAAGAGAUGAAUGUUGCUGACCGCUUGCUUGUCUAGUUAUACCAACUUUAGUAACAACCGCACGAUAGCAAUACACAGCAGUCUGAGGAGCCAUUAGCAAACCUCAACCAAAACACCACUCUAUAGAUACAAAUAAUGUGUCUAUAAAUGCUCAGAACAGCACCUAACUUCAUCAACAGUACAUAUAGGGUCCCAGCCAUAGUAAUAGCCACCAAACAUCUUUUUAACUUUGCCUGAUUUCUUUAACAAAGAGACUAAACACAACUCACCUACUCUCUUCCAGCAGCCACUUGUUUGUAGCGAGACCUCCAGGCGAGUCCAUCAACUGCUGCAGGGUGACCCACAGCUCAAGGAAGAACAUUUAUCAUCAUUUCGUCAUAGAAAUGCAAUCAGACCAAGAUGCCAAGGCAGAAGAACUACCACAUCUGCAGUGCAAAAUAACUAAUAUGGUGAUAAUUACUUCAAGGAAAUGAUGAAGUAAUGAUCACAAAUGUUCUUCCUUGAGCUGUGUCACCCGCUGUAGUCCGUAAUGGACUGGCCUGAGGUCUCCCUACAAACAAGCAGCUGCUGGAAGAGAGUAGGUGAGUUGUGUUUAGUCUCUUUGCUAAAGAAAUUAGGCAAAGCUAAAAAGAUGUUUGGUGGCUACUGCUGUGGCUAGGACCCUAUAUGUACUGUAGAUGAAGUUAGGUGCUGUUCUGAGCAUUAUUUGUGGCUAUAGAGUGGCGUUUUGGUUUGUGUUUGUGUGUGGCUCUUGAGACCGCUGUGUAUCGCUAUCUGCUGUUGUGUCUAAAGUUGGUAUGACUAGAUAAGCAAGCAAUCAGCAACAUUAAUCUCUCGAGGGGGUGUCUAACUCAGUGUUAUGGUGUGCUUGACCCUAAAUUAAUUUUACGCCGGAAUAUCCCUUUAAGUGCUGGUGUAUUAUUUAGUACCAAACACUGAAGUGCGAGUUCAGUUUCUGUAGUUGUUACAGCGCUCAUCCAGCAGCAGUAGCGCCCAGAGCCUUGUGGUUGAGAGAAUCUGGACUCAGUUUGGCUUGAUAAAUGUUUGCCACCAGUUGUCAUGGCGAUGGGUGGUCAGACCGGCUGUGGUGCAGUGUCAUAUAUAAGCCACAAAUGAAAAUGGGGAGGGAAGACAGGAGAGCGAAAACAGUAAAUGAUGGUACAGCUUUGUGGGAGUUGAAGGGGCUCGGCAGGGAGAGGGGGCCUUGUGGUAGAGUUACAGUGUGUGUUUACAUGUGUGUUAGAGUAUGUUAUAGAAGAGGGGUAAAAGAAAAAAAGACGUUUAUGAGGAAAAGAGUGAAAUAGGAGAAUGACAUCAGUCAGAAUGACAUCAAUGAAACGAACAGUGAGGGUUGUUAUCAGAGGCUUGGCUUUUUGUGGAAAGAAACUUGGUUUUGGAGAAGUUGGGGGAUGUUGCCACAAGAAAAGACUGAAAUGUUUACUACACUAACUGCAUAUAAGAGGGGACAGGAGAAAGUAGCUUGUUUCAAGCAGGCCCAGUUGUUUUGUUCAUUCAGGUUCAUGAAAAUGAAAGGAAUAACUUUCCUUGUCUAGGUGUAUUAAACAUCUGUGUCCAGUUGGUUCGAUCAAAUCCCCCUGGUGUUUUCAGAUUUGAGAUAUUGGAAGCUUGCACAGAUCUACAGGAUGAGCAGAAACAGGAUUUAGAGUCUACAGCUGAACAGGAGCUUUGUGUGACUCUGCUUAGACACUGCAGUUCUCCAAGGGAAAUGCAAAUGUUGGCAAUUAAACCGGCUCAAAAAGACAACACUGAUAUAAUUAUGCUAAGAGGGAAUAACGUUGACAGUGGUCUUCACUUUAGUUAAAGGUACAGUGUGUGGAAAUAGGAAUAUUUAGUGGUAUUAGUCAGAUUUCAGCUUGAAGUGCUCCCCUGCUCAUGGCUCAGGGACGAUGACCUUCAAGGACACGAGGCAUUAUAAAAAAUAUUCCUCCAUUUGACAAUUUUAUACCAUCAAAACCAUCCAUUACGACUUCCUUUUUGCAAGAACAACCAGUUUUUCUUCAUCCUCAUGACCUUUUAAUUUGAAAUUUUAUUUAGAAAAGCUUUUCCACAUGAUCAUUUAUCCUGUUCCUGUUUCCCUGUAUGUGCCGGUCUACUUUAUGUUUCUUGGAAGGGAUGAAUUGUAAACUUACCCUUGUGGGACUAAUGAAGAAGUAUCAUGUCUUAUUCAAUCUCGACUUAUCUUAUCUUAUCUUAUCUCAUCUUAUCUUAUCAUGGUGUUCAAAAGUAAGAGAAAAACCCAAAUCAUUACAGCCUAUUUAAAGGGGAACCGUAUUCCUGGACUUCAUCCAAAUGUCCUGGGGUCUUGAAACCACAAAUGUGAACCUCAUGAAGGCUAAAAUUUUGGGGAUCCUUUAAGUCUGGGAACAACAGAUCUUGUGCUAUUCUAUUGAGUAGAUAAUUACAAACUUUGGCUGACUGUUUUCACUUGAGGAAAAGUUAGAUAACCAAUAAAAUCACCAAAGCACAACCUUUUAGUUGUAUGCUUAAAGUUUCUGGAGAAUCAUUAAGUACUUGUUUAAUUCCUUAGACUGGACCAAACGGGUCAAAUAAAUGUCAGGGUUAUAAUACCCGUCCCAAAGUCUGACUACAACCCACAUCUUUGUAGCUACAGAUGUCCAGUGAGUAAACUAGUGAACAAGAGAGGAAACUUGAAAAUGUAAUUAUAUUACAGACUGAAAACAUCUGUUCUAAAGAGAAGAUGGAAAAAUCACUGAAUAUGAGAAAUGCAGGAGCAGGGAUGGAAGAGAAACAGUGGACAUAUCUAGUUUCUGUCUCCAAACCAAGUGGAAUCCCCCUCUGAUUGGCUUGGCCAAAGUUGAUGUUUGUGUGUCAGUGUGUAUUUGCUGGAAAGUAUCUCUGUGCAAUUGUAAGAGUAGCUGGAGUGUAAUCACAGCUGCACUGGUCUUGUCUUGUUCCCCGUCCUGGACUCUCGAGAGGUAGUACAGUACAUGGUGGACGGCCUGGAUGCUGCUGAAUGACACGUCAAGUUAAAUUUAUUUAAACAAAACACAUUUAACACACCCUGCUCCUCGCAGAUUCAAAUGAAAUACAGUAGAUAGACAAAAAGGACAUGUUAAAUACCAACUGUCAAGAGUGGUGUACUUCUUACAAGACUCAACUGAGAAUACUACAUCAAGAUCCUCUUAGUAGUCUUUAAUUUGAGUGGAGCUGAAAAUCUAAGAGACAUGAAAUUGGCUUCCUGUUUUGGCCCCGACGACAUCAGUAAUGACAGAACCUGAAAGUGAAGCUGGGGGGCGCAGAAGUGGUCAUAUUUUUGUAUGAGGAUGAAGGUGGUCGGGGUCAUUUAUCGCCAAUUCAGUCUAUUCUUAGACAAAUUAAUUAGUUUUCACGGAAGCAUGUUAACAGUCGUGUUUGCCACUGAAUGGAUUUUACUUUUGGCGUUCACUGAUCAGACUUGUUCAAUUCCUGAAACAGAAAAAGCCAAUAGAGGUUGCAAAAUGAACAAAAUUACUUGGGUUUCUCACAUUCCCAAGAGUCCGUUAGAAAAAUUAGAGAAGUCAAGUAAUAGCAGAGUUUUGAUGACCCUAGAAGCAAGUAUCUGCUAAAUACCAUCAUAGGGGUAUUAGGCCUCAAGCUCUCAGCAGCUUAUUGUGCUACAUCCACUAUUCUUAAUUUGUUAAAGCAGUAGGAGUUAUUUGACAUAUAUGAAAUAGAUUGAAAUUCAUCUUGAUGCCUAUUUAUAAUGCAUAAAAUCAAGAAGGACCAUCAGUGACAAAACUAUUUCUAUCGUCUGAAAUUCGUGCAAGGGAGUAGUUUCAAGCCUUGCAACUGGAGAAACAGCUCUGUUUUUACAAUUUCCACCAAUAAUAUGCACAAUAGAUACUAUAUUUGACUGUCAAAAGUCAGCAGUAUGAGAUCUGUUUUCAUAAAUAACUACUUAAGCAUGUACUGGACAAAAUAAGUGAAGAUUGCUUUGCACAGGGAGUGCCAAAAUUGACACAAACCAAAAGUUCCUCAGACAAAUCCUCUUUUUUGUCUGUUUAGUUUAUAUUAACGGUAAAGCAGGGUGUGUUUUAUCUGCAGUUUGUAUUACUGUAACAUUAUAUGCUUAAUUUAAUGUUAGAAAAACACAUUUAAAUGUUUCCCUUCAGACUUUGGGAUAAAUAAAGAUGUGUCUCUUACAUUUUGCCGUUUAGGUGUAAACACUGUGAGUUCUCACCUAAAUGUUCACAACUCAGUGAACUGUCUGCCUACCAUCGCGUUGCUCUCCUGCUUUUCUGUGUGUCUCUUUCUGUAUGAAGGGCAGGCUUGUGUGUCAUAACAGGGGGCUUACUAUACUACAUAGUUUUUCUAACCCACACCCUUCCCUGCCUUGCUUCGUCUCUUCCCUCUCCUUGCCCACUCUCUCCUCAGACUGAACUCCCUUUCUACCUGGAGGUUGUCUUUAGUCGAUUUGUUUAUCCUUUUUUUCCCCCCUCAGCUCUGCCUCAGUUUCCCCCAGCAGUCUCCUCACCUAACGCCAACAAGGAAAAUAAUAAUCUGACCCUGCACUGUAGAUGCUGUAUAGAUGGUUUCCUUCUCCAUGUCUGCAUGUAUUCCACCAGCGUGUAACUUGUAAUAAGUUUGUCAUCUCAAGAGCUUGUUGGAAGAUUGGCAUACUUUUUAAACGUUUAUGAUACAUAUUGUGUGACUAAACAUUGUGGUUUGUAUGUAUUUUGCUUUUGUGUAAUGAUAUCAUGGACACAAGUAGUCAGAUUGUGUUAACUGAAGAUUUAGAAGUGAAGUUAAUCUGUUUUUUAUAUUUUAUGAACAAAAAUAAAUUCAAAAUUUAAUACAGUAAACAAUAAGGACUACACAUUCAUCUAUUGUACACGUAUUUACUAAGAGUUGGAAUCACUAGUGGCCCCACGAUAUCAUAUUAUCACGAACUUGGGCCACGAUAUGAUAUAAUUGCGAUUUUUGACAUUUUGCAAUACAGUGAAUACUGUGAUACAAUAUAUUACGUUUUAUAAAAUUUUUCAACUGUUUAGCUAAUUUAGCAUUUUGCUUUCUAUUGUGUUUGUCUUAUUUAUGCUGUAUAUUAUUUUCAUGUAACACAUCUUGCAAACCUUAUAUAUAUAUUUGUUGUACUAACUUUCUCCUGCUCUAUUAUUUCACCUCUCCCAACCUCACUGGACAAACGGUUGAUUUUAUUUUCCAUUUUCAUAGAUUUAACUCCAUAUUAGCAGUUAAUUUGAAAAAGUCGAUACUUGGUAAAUGAGACGAUAUGAUAUAUCGCCACACAAAAUAUCGCGAUACUUUGCUGAAUCGAUUUUGUCUUCCACCCUUUAUAUAUUUACGCAUUAUAAUAUCUUCAUUGGUACCUUUAAACGAUUGCUUCUGUGGUUUCUCCCACAUUAACCCUCAUGAUAAGUGUCCUCAGCUUUGAUUGGUUAUUUCAGUCACAUGAGAAAAAGGAAUGAGGAAGUGUUGUUCUUAUGAAGGUGAUGAAGUUUAAACUUUAACAGAGCCUCCUUAUUAACAAGGAUUCAACCAUGACACAUUUAACCAAUAAGCUGCACUUUCUCAUCCUUAUCUUGUUUGCAAAUUUAUGCUGAACUGAGUUAACAAGCUGCUGAUUGUCAAUGCAUAUUAAACAGAUAGGAGAUGUGUAAGACUUGUCCCCACAGAGGUGUAACAGUCCUUUCUUUUUGUGUCUUUCAGAGUUGUGUCAGUGUUUCAACAUAGAUGUAAAGCAUCCGCGUAUCUUUGAUGGUCCAGAGGAUGCUCUGUUUGGCUUCUCUGUUUUGCAACAUGAAGCAGACGGAGAGAAAUCGUAAGUGUGUUGUGACAGUCAAAGAAAGGUGGAUAAUAAGUUGACACCAGCUAGAAAGAACAUGGAAUAAAGAAAUGUCUUUCUGCUUCACAUUUUAAUUGAAGGAUGCUGGUUGGUGCUCCCUGGGAUGGACCACCUAACAACCGGAAAGGAGAUGUGUACAAGUGCACUGUGGGAAAGAAGAAGAACUCAAAGUGCAGCAAAGUGAAUUUAGGUAAAAGAAAUCUGACUUUUGAACAGUUUUCUCAUUGUGAGUAAUCUUAUCAUGUAAAGUUCACUUUUCCUUUCUACUUCAGGUGAGUCUGCUCUCCAGAAUGUUUCUAAAAACCUGAGGAACUCUCACCUUGGGAUGACACUCACUCCUGACUCACCCGACGGCUUUCUGGUAUGUUGUUUCAACACGGACAAACAACACUUUUUUUAUUUGUGUAACAUCAUGGGGGGUUUUAUGUGUGGGAUUCUGGGAGGAUGUGGUGGGACCAGGUUAUGUUUGCCCUGACAGAAUAUGAAUGAGUCAGCUCUGGGGACCAUGUGAGGUUCACUGACCGCACACUUCCUGGAUACCUGUGAGGAGAUUCAUGCACACAUUUACAAACACGUCCUUUAAUCAGUUACAUAAAUGAUCAUCUGAAUCCUCACUGUAAUUAUAGAUAAUGUAGUAAACAGGAUAAACAGUGAGAUGUAUUCUUGUCAAACUGAUCAGAAACAGAUUUCAGGUCAGGAUUUUGGUCAUAUCUGAGAGUGAAGUUCAAGUCCUUGUUUUCGUAACCUGUGUCAGCAAGCAGAUGUGUGUCCUUUGUAUUUUCUGUACUAUUGUUUGUGUGUUGGUUCCUGUGCUUAUGUCCCUUUGUCUCAUUUGUCUGUAUACACGGGUUUGAAUCAAGUGAGUAGGCUUGUGUGUUUUGGUGUCUGCCAGGUUUUUACCGCUGCUUCGGGUGUGGAAUACAGUUCGCUGACUCCAAUCCAACUUCGCCUAUUUUAAUGUGUGUGUGUGUGUGUGUGUGUGUGUGUGUGUGUGUGUGUGUGUGUGUGUGUGUGUGUGUGUGUGUGUGUGUGUGUGUGUGCCCCUGUGUGUUUAUCCCAACCCCAGUGGUCAGGUCUAAAACAGGAUCGGAAUGCGUCUCCGGCCCUUUGUUAAUGACAGACCUACCAAAAGCCAAAGCACCUCUCAUACUUUUCUCCAUCUUCUCCCUCCUUCCUUUCUCUCCUCCCUCUCUCCAUCUUUUUUUUUCUCUUUCUGCCUGUCUGUGCGCCUGAGGAGAAACCGUCCAUAAUGACAGGGCGCACAAAACCGGGAUGUUUCUCUUUCUCUCAUUUUACCCAUAUUUCACCCCACUCUUGGUCUCUCUCUUUUGUCUCUCCGCUGUGAGUUUCUCUUUUAUCUCCUCUUUCCGCACUUUCCCCCUUAUUGCUCCCUCUUGGUAUGAAAGCCAAAUAAACAGCAUGCUUUGAAGACUAAAAUAUUUUUAUAUGAUGCCCUCCCACCCCACACCCUCCCCCCUGUAUUUAACACAAUCUGAUUUAAAUUGCCGCACUGGUCUGGUGCUCUGGCUCUGUAAAACCACUCAUGACAGCAGUGACUGCCAACAUGUCAACAAUAGUCUCUCUCUCUCUCUCUGCCUCUCCCUUAUUUUUCUAUCCCCCAAACCACACUAUUGUAGUUUUUCCAUGAGUUAUUCCCUCUCAUGACUUGUUUUCUUUUUGUUCCACGUCUCAUUUUUGUUCACAUCUCAUUUUCUCUUUUAUUUCUGUUCAUUUAAGGGUCACCCAUCCACAUUUGUCCAUAUGUUAAAACUCUUUGAUAAGAACUAAAAUUACAACCUUCACAUGAUAAAAACUUAAACACUUAAAAGUUUUAUGUGCUCAAAUUGACUCUAGCUGCUCCUGAAAUCGCCUAACAUUCGAGACAGAUGUUGAUGUUGUGUGUCUUUGUGUGGUUUUGGCAGGCAUGUGCCCCUCUGUGGUCUCAGGAGUGUGGUACGUCUAUGUUCAGCACCGGCAUCUGUGCCUCUGUCGGCGAUGACCUAGAACCAAGAGAGACCAUCGCUCCAACAGCGCAAAGUAACCACACAUUUGCACAAACACACUUAGGCAGAGAAACACACAGCGCAGGCCGACGUUAGCUAACCAAAUAUUUUUAAACCCCCACAUGUGGCAGGGUGCUCCACAUACAUGGACAUUGUGAUCGUUCUUGAUGGUUCCAACAGUAUCUACCCCUGGUACGAGGUCCAGAACUUCCUCAGCAACAUCCUCAGCAAGUUUCACAUCAGCUCAGAUCAAAUGCAGGUAAACUACCGGGUUGUUGUGUUUUUGCGAUGCCUGUAAAUAAUGUUUACAUCGGUAAUGGAAACUUGUGGGUUAGAGCUUGACUAAGUCUCCAAAUCAAACCUCUGGAUCCCCUUUGCUGUUGCCCAGAACAGAAAGACAAGCCAGCACCCUGAGUGAAAACAUGCGCAGAGUGACACGUAUAAAAAGCCGCUUUGGCAGAUAUGACCAGAAUGAAUUGCUCUAGUAAUGUAAAGGGACAUGAGCCCAGCUAGCUUGAGGUUUAGGGAGGAAUGGGGACACAACAAAAGGAGAGAGCGAAGGCUUGGGUUUUGAAAGGGGAGGGUGGGGGGUACGGGGUAGCAGGCAACGUGAGGUGAAAAGGAAAUACUUCUGGUUUCUGAAUGAAUUCAAAAAUUCCCGAGUGCACUGUUUGCGUAGAGAAAAGAAUCGGCACUUAAAGAGAUAGUUCACAACAGAAACGAAAGUCUUAGAUGUGUCUUUCCACAGCUAUGUGCCUGCACAACCCAGACAUGUGGCGUUUUAAUAAUACUCUUAACCAUAUCUUUGUGUGUAUGCAUGUGUGCAUUUAGGUUGGCAUCCUGCAGUACGGUGAGGUAGCUGUUCAUGAAUGGUCUCUGAAGGACUACCAGACCACACAGGAGGUGGUGGAGGCCGCCAAGAACAUCAGCAGACAGGAGGGACGGGAGACACGAACUGCAUAUGCCAUCCACAUGGCCUGGUAAGCCUGUCAAUCACUGACACCUCUCUCUUCCUGGCUGUUGUUCGCUCUACUUAAAGUCAAUGAAUUUUUGGCUCAAUGACUGGAAAGUGUCUGCCUAUUCUCAAAAAGCACUCUCAUGCUUUUUUUCUCAGUUAUAAUUUUGUGUUAUUUUUCAAGAAAUUAGCCUAAAAAGUGGUUAGGGGCAUCCUUUUGUAAUCAGGAUUGUUACUGUAUUACUUAGUCAACUAAAACACUGAUAUAAAGCCGAUGAACUCAGUAUUUUAAUUUGAACAAUGAAUCAACUCAUCAAAGAUAUAAUGUUGACAUAAUCCAUAUAUGUAACAGUUCUUUUAGCAUCUUUCAGCCGUUAUUUUGGUGUUACAAAAAACUCAACGUCAACGUCAGUGAACAAAAAAUAAUGGACUGUUUAGCAGGUGCAUUGACCGACAUUUCCAUCAGGAGGAGGUGGUGGAAAAUAGACUCAAACUAUAUGAAGAGGCUAUGAUGUAGGACACAAACACUGUUUAAAAUGAAAGAAAAAAAAAAACAAAAACAACUGUUUUGGUAUCACAGUUGCUAUAACGACCGAAAGAAAUUGGUAAUAACCGGGUGAGCUCAGACCGCACGGUUAAAAAACACACCCUCGAAGGCUUUUAUAAAAUCUAUUUGCAUCAGAACAGCUGAUAGAAAUGUCAAAGAGAUGACAACAAGCAGGUGUCAUGGCAACCUAAAAUACAACAAUAAAAACAACAAGUCUGCUGACCACUGUGGUCGCAGCUAUGUGUUUAUUGUGAGUUGCAGGGUUUUUGCUGUUUUAGUUGAUUGUUCUCUGUGUAUUUCUGUUUUUGUACUUUUUAUUUAAAGACUAUUGUUUGAAGCGAGUCAGCGCUACUUUAGCUCAAGUGCUCAACCGAACCAGUGGCGUAGUCAGGAUGUUUGAGGGCCAGGGGCAGGAGUAUAAGAGAGACACCUGCUGUAUGUAAUGGGAUAUCAGCGCACAGAGAGUUGUUAUCAGUGAAGAUCUGUCACUAACUCCCUUCAUUCUGUGGAAUAUUUAUGCAACAUUUAUAUAGUUAUCAAAAAUGAGCGGUUUUUCCUGUGUUUUUAUAUAACACAAAAAAAGAUGUUUCUUUAAGAGUUCAGCCUAACCCACCUUUGAAGGUAAAUCAACUUGUGGAAGACAUUGGUCUGAUGCCAAGAUGUUCUGAGUACUAAACUUGGCUAUCAGACCCUGCAUGUCAACUAAACAAAUACUUUACAGCGAGGCUAAAUUACCAAAAUGUCACCCUAUCACAGUGGAAGAGCAUCUACGCUGUGGGUACAGCCUCAAUAUCUUGAUUAUCUUUUUUACUUCUUCUUCUUUGUUCUGCCUUCAUCUGUUAAAAAGUGCUGGACAUAUUUCGGCUGGUAACCCAAGUCUAAAGAAACAAUUCUAUAGGAUGAGGGUCAGCGGCUUAAUGAAAACCUCUGAGUCUUAAAAUAUCUCUUUCCUUUUCAAAAUAAAAUUCCUACUUUAUUAAAGUCAAACCCACAUAGAGCACCACACCCAGACCUGAUGUGUGGCCACCACUUCCAUUUUGGGAUGUGUACCUUGGAAAUCUUGGAGAGUUGCUCAACCUACACACACACACUCGCGCACACGAAUCCAGGUAAUUGGAGAGUUCCUGUUUUCUGCUACAUUCAAAGGUGAAAGUCUGAGACUUUUAGGAGGAACGUUUAAAAGGUAGUUGAAAAGCAGUGACUGGAAAAUGGAGCCAGUAAAAUAGUGUAACUGUGGCAUUAAAACCCCACUGACGGGAAAUCCAGACACGGCUGCAUAUUUACUUUUCACUGUCACAACCUUUCCCACCCUGUCAGAAGAUGCGAACAUUCAGAAAACUCAUCAGUCCACUUGAAAAUAAACACAAAACUCCUCAGUUAAGAGCUUACUCUACUCACUUUUCUUCAGGACAAGAAAUAAAUGGCUCAUAUUGAGGUAAAAUUUAGGAAGCAAAAUCUUCUCUCACACACGUUACUGCACAGAUUGGCAGAUAGCAGCGCUGGCACCAGGCAGGAAAGUGACGGGGCAGAAAAACAACGAGAUUAGCUGAGCUGGACUAGUCGACUGCUGGCUCAGCAUGGCUGCAGGUGUGGCACACACUGACCCAGUCUGGUCAGCCAAGUAGCGCUCUUGCAGCUGUGAAAAUACAUACACAGACAUUUACAGUAUGCACAGAAUCCAACACACAUGCAGUCACAUGUUCAGGACUUACACUUCGCACUUAUACACAUACACACAUUAUUUUGCUAUAGUUACACGGGCUGACAUUGACUGCAUUCAUUCCUUGCUCGCCCUAACCUCAACUUUGACCCUCUCCCCUGCAUUGUUGACCUUUAACCUUUACCCUGACCUCAUCCUUAUUAUAAACUUAACCCUAAACCAGAGCACUUCGCUAACAUAACUAUAAAUACUUGGCCCUUGAGGCUUUUCAUGGUUUUAUUCUUGUGUUCAUGCCCACACAUAACCCCUGUCAUGCAGAUUUUUUGACAUGACAGGGAUUGACUUGGACCAGACUCACUUGAUCUUGACCGAUGAGAACUUAGAUGAACAAAUAAAUGUUUGCAAAUUGGUUACAAGCUACUAUUAAUAAACCAGCCAGACCUUCUGCUUUUUAAGGAGAAACACAGGAGAGCUAAGACAUGCAGUGUAAUGAUGAUGGAGAAAACAAAAAACAAUGCAACAGAAAAAAUCAGUAAAAAGGGUCAGUGAACUCCAAGAUCUCCAAAUGGAAAGUAAAAAUGACAAACAGAAGCACAUGGAGGCUGAAUGAGCUCGACUAGCUGAUGUAUGAAGCAGAUUAGAGACCUUGACAAUGACCUCUACAUUAGAGGACCGACUCUUGGAAAAUAUCUGAGUCCAAGAAAAGACUCUGCACCAUAAAAACAGAUGAAAAAAGGUGAUAUUAGAUAAGUUAGCAGCUUGUAGAUUUUGCCAAAGUGUUGGAUUAUUCACACAUGAAGUCUUGUUAAUGAUGUGAGACCACCUGCCACAUUAUUUGUUUGUUUAUUUAUCUGAUUUAUGUUGAUUUAUGUUUGUUUAACAGAUUUAGGCCACAAGUUGGUGAAUUAGUCCCGAUGUGUUGAUUGUUUUCAUAUUGGACAAAGCAAGGCUGCCUGUUUCCUGUUUCUUAUCAUUGUGCCAAGCUAUGCAAGUUGGUGUCAAACUCAAAGUCUUAGCUGUGUUAUAGACAUUUUAAAAGGGAAAAAAAAACACUCAGACACCCAGAUGCUCCCACACAAAGACUCACUAUGGUGGGUUAAGAAAUCUCUUUGAAGCCACACACGGCCGUGUAAAUGAUAGUAAUGGACGACACGCAGGACACUUUGAAUUUAGAGAAGAUGACAGAUUGAUGCAUGAACAUCAAACAACCCUCUACAAUUGGAUCAGACUCUGAUUUUUAGAUUGCUCCACCCGUCUGGGAUGCUCUCACUCUCUUACACACACACAAACACACACACACACACACAGACCGCUGCACCGUGUCAUUACCACACUGCUGUGACUCCAUAAAAUGGGUUGUAAAAACUACCAGGCCUCCCAAUUAGCAUCUCUUACUUUCUCUCCUCUUUCAUGCCCCCUCUCUUUCUUCUCAUCCACGUUCCUUUGCCUUUUUAAACUUUCCUUCCUCCUCACCUGUUUGCCUAAAUAUCUGUCCUGUCGCUUUUCUAUUUUGCUUCUUUUCUUCCACGUCCAUUCCCUUUUGUUUAAUAUCUCUCACUUCACUCUGUCUAACCACUUUUGUUUCAUUGUUUUUGCCACACAUUUACAAGCCCACAUCAGAGCAGAGUUUGCACUUGAAGUUUGUCCUAAUUUAACCAUCUUUUAUUGUUCUGUUUUAAUUGAACAGCUCUCUCUUGUUUUCUCUCUGCAAUUUACUGUCUCCUUUUUUAACUUCUUUUUUAACCUCUGUCUUUUCUGGCCUAAUAUUUACCUCUCUACUCUCUUUUUCAUGUCCCCCUGUAGUUUACUCAUUUAAGUUCCUCUCAGUUAUUUCUCUCCCUCUCCUCCUCUCUGUUUUCUGCUCUCCUUUCUCUCUUUCCGCACCCUAUGUAAUUUGCAGUCUGCAUAGGGGGAAUCGGUUGUUUUUAACUUUGAGUUUCUUGCGGCUGACCACGAUGUUAAAUUUAGACAAGGGCUGGAGUUUGGCCUGAAAAUGACUGAGCUCGCUAGCAGUGACUACUCUCCCCAGUUUACCGCAUUUGUGUGUGUGUAUGUGUGCGUGUGUGUGUGUGUGUCUGUGUGUGUGUUGGUCUGAGGCUUACCAACUCUAUUCACUGCUUGAAGCAGGUCUUGCUGAAGACAGGUUUCCUGCAGACAAACAGGGUGUGGCUGGGGUCCAUUUGAUGCUGUUUGUCACUUAGGUUUCCUCUCUGUAUCAUGGCUCAGCCGGAUGGGAAUGCACAGAUGUGGUUGCUGUGUGCCAUGACACAUACAUGCUGCAUGCAAUGACCAAGCGGAGCCAACUGGCAGUCAUGUUGACUAAUUAGCUGAAAGGUUCAGUCAUGAUUUGACGCAAUUAUAUCCAUUUUCGUCUUGUUUUACUGGACAUGCGUCUUCGUAAGAAAGCAUUUUAAACUACUUUGAGGUUUUAGAUGAUCAAGUGACUGACUCCCCUCCUCUCCUUCUUGUCUUUAUCUCUUAUUUUCCUCCUUUUCUCCGUCAAAAUUCACGACAACUCAGCUGAGUGUUUUACCAAACUAGUAAUUCAUUUUCAAUUCUCUCCCUUCUUUUUGAAGCACCGAGGCAUUCAGUGCUGAGCGAGGCGCAAGAGAUGGCGCCACCAAAGUGAUGAUUGUCGUGACAGACGGAGAGUCACAUGAUGGGGAGGAGCUACCGGAUGCUCUGAUGGAGUGUGAGAACAGAAACAUCACGAGAUAUGCCAUCGCUGUAAGUACAUCUAACCACACCUCAUCUCUGCUUUAAAAACUGAAACCUAAAAUAAAGGUUUUUAAGACAUAAGUUUGAUCUUUUCAUACUGCUCAAGAGAAGUCAACUAUUUAAAGGUAUGCACAAAAAACUAACCCCCCUUAUCAGUAGGGUGUAUGAAGCAUCCCUCAUUCCUCACUCUUUGUUUAAACAUGGUAUGGUCACCACCAUACACACCCUCAAGCAACCACAAAAUACCACCACUACCACUCCCCCCAAAAUAACAUUUCCAAAUUACCACAUGAACCCCUCUGGUGGACUAAUAUAGCCCACUGGGAACAAAAACUCUUCCUUUCUGGCCCCACCCUGCUCCUUUGACACAGACACACACUGAUCAAUGGCAUGGUUGGAGUGUCAGAGGAGCAGACAGACUCGACAGGCUGCAGACCCCUCCCUUCCCAGAGAGCCGGGUAACCUCCAGACUCCACUGAGACCACAGAUGAAGAGAGCAUGGCUAACAUGGAGAAGAGAUGUUGAUGAUCAGAUAUAUCUUUUAAUCUGCGAAAGGAGAGGUUCAGUGAAGUCAUCACCUCGUCACAAUCAAUCUUUAUUGACAUAGCACCAAUUCACAACAAGUGUUAUCCCAAGACUCUUUGAAAAAGAAGCUGGUCUAGACAAAGACGCCCAUGUAAAGAUGGGAAACUGAAAAAAAAACAUCAGACCUGUCUUAUCUCCAACCACGAGUGUGACACUUGGCAGCAUUUGGCGAGUUACAGUGGUGAGGAAAACUUCCUUUAACAGGCAGAAACCUUAAGCAGAACCAGACUCAUGUUAGACAGUCAUCUGCCACUUCUGCAUUGGGUUUGGAGAGAAGAGAGAGGGAGAUGAGGAAAGAGAGAGAGAUGGACAGAGGUGAGAUUAAUGCGCUUAGCUGAAUCAGCUUCAACCAACAGUUUGCUGAAGGUAUCCAGAUUAAUCUACGACAUAAUGGAGCUCAUGGACUUCCAGGAAAGUGAUUAUCUGUGACUCUAAUGGGAAAUAAUGACUCCUGAUGGUUUAGUCAUGGUUAAAUUCGUCAAGUUAAUGCUGUGAUUGAAAGCUGGUAGCGGAUGACCUGAUGUUUGUUGGCUGACAAAAUGAUUUUUACUGGAAUUAACAGCCUUUUUUAGCUUUAAUUUCAGUGGCAUUUACUCACCAUGAAUGGAAAGUUUUCUAAUUGUGUUCCUAGAUUUUUAGAGCUCUGGUUUGAGGUUGUUGGGGUUUUUUGCCUCCACAGUUAAACAAUAGAAGUGAGAGAAAUACAGUUUGUGAUGACCAAGAUAUGAAGUAAUAUUUCAAGAAAGAUGAAUAUUCUACAGCCACAUUUGUGCACUUUGACAGUCAUAAUCAUGUUAGCACACUUACAUGUUAAAACUUGCAAAAAUGAAUUCAUUUAUAAUCUAUUAUCCAUGAAAGCCUUUUAAAAUUCUAGAAAAACCUAGAAAAGUUGCUAACUAGCACACACGAUAGCCUGGACACCACUGUGAAGCUGGGGUACAAACUGGCAGCUUGCAGUAGCUGCAGCUGAAGCAUGAGAGCAGCUGCUGAUUGUCGCUGACGAGGGACAGCUGCGUCUAAUCAGAGUGUGGACCUCCACAGCAGGCCUCCACCAGCCAGUGCUGAACUGAAAAACUCUGAGAAUAAUGAAAACUGAAGUCCAAAUAAUAACACUUUAAAUGAUUAUGAAUGAUUUAAAGGACAUGUAGACUUAAGCAGAUCACCCUGAGGAGUAGGACAGCUCUGUCAUCUUUAGUUCAGCGAAGUAUCAAGUAAAUAUUCUGUAACUGACCAUAAACACAAAGUAGAGGAUAGAGCUAAUGAAAGGAAAUUACAAUGUAGCCCUUUGCUGUUGAGUUAAGCCACCCCAAGAACAGCACCCCCUGGUGACGGCCUGCAGUAUCGGUCAUAAAUCCCGCCUCCUCCAGCAAUCCCUAUGGAGCUGUGGACAAACUUCAGAAAUUUAUUACACAGAAUAUACAUUUUUCUCCCCCCGGCUUGCGAUGUUGACAUGUAGUUACUGUAACACUGGUUUGUGCUCAAGUCCUCUUUUUUCUGUGCAGCAGUUAUUGGGGGUUCAUGUUCGCUAUGAUUGAUGCUUGAUACAGUAUGAAGAUUGCGUAGCUCAACCGGGGGAUACACUGUUUGAGCCGAGCGUCAUCACAGCGACUAUUGGCGACUCUCCCGCCGAAUGUGUAAAACGCUACUGUGCAAUGUUGGUUCCAGGAAGUGGAGAAAAAUCGCGGAAAUACCGAGAACUUUUUGGCUUCAAAUCUGUAUAGUGGCGGAAGGCAGAACCAAGUUGUCCGUUGUAUAUACAGUCUAUGGUUAUUUCUAGUCUGUUGAUCGCUGAAGCUGCUCUUUAAAAACUUCAGUGCGUAAUGCUUUUUUGUUACUAAAUCUGGCUUUGUAUCAGCAGUUACACAUGCACACAUCAGGUCAACAAAAGGAAGAGGGAUAAGUAGAAAGAAGGAAACAUCCGGAGACAGAGUCAAUAUAUCAGCAGAUCAGAUUUUAAAAUUAAAUAAAUUAAUAAAUAAACAUACUUUUGAGUGAGUCCUGAUCACAGGAGUGAUGACAGGCGGGUUCUUCUUGUAACAACAGCCGUCCUUUUACCGCUGCCUGUCUGUGUGUGUUCAGUUAAAAUGGCUCACAGGGGAGGGCAGAGCCUCCAAAACAAGAGCACGUUUACUGCAGACUGUGUUUUAUGCAUUAUGGCAGGUCAGGGGCUUCAAGUGUGUGUUUGUUGGGAAAGAUUGAUGCUCAGCUAUGCAUGUAUGAAACACUUGUUUCAUAUAUUUAUGUACAUUGUGUAACCAAAAUCCUUCACAUCUGAGAACGGACUUUAUAAUUGAAGCAUUGAGUCUUCUCUUUCUCUCCUUUCAUUAUUUUGUAAAAGCCUCACACAUUUGGCAGCCGGAGAGGAAAUUCUCAGCCUCUUUGAAUUCUUAAUGUAGAUAUUUAUAUGUGGUCUGUCUUCAUGUUACACACUACACCCUUCUCCGUCCUUCUACCCUUUGAAAACAGAGGAUUUCCUUAGUUUGCUUGGCAGCUGGAGUCACAGGGGGAGAUUCUUGGGUUUGGUUUCUCUUAUGGAAUUUUCUCAUUUGUACUUCAGGCAUUAAGCCAUAGACCACUGCUGCUACAGUCUAUCUCCUGCAUCAGUCAUCUCUUCACCUCUCCGCGAGGCCUGCGCUCCUCAUUUACAAAUCUCUGGUGGCCACUAUUUCCUCAGCUCGGAGCUUUCCAGUCAAUUUGUUGCUUUUAGGUAAUUACAAGUAAAUGACACAGGCCGUGAAGUGUGUUUGUUUUCAUUUCAAUUCAUGGUUAAAUCCUCAAGUUCAAAGUUAGAUGUGAUGACGGGAGUACAUCAUGGUGGUGUUGGUCUUUAUUAGACUUUAAUGGGAACACAACGGGGCUGAAAUGUCAGUUUUUACAGUUGAAGCAUGCUCUUAUAUCCUUUCUUCUUUCUACGUUUGCUUUCCUUAUGGUGAGAUGUGCAAAACUCAGCUACAAACUGCUAAAAGAAGCAUAAAGACACAUGCUUCAUUGAUUUCCCUCCUAUGUAUUAAGUCGGUCCUCUCUGUGAUUUUUGCUUUCAACACAUUUCUCUGCGUCAUGCUUAAUCCCCAAUUUAUGUUAAAUUGAGCUCGAGUUAAAAGGAAUAUCUCUUUACUCUCAUUUUUUGUCUAACCCAGGUUCUUGGUCAUUACAUCCGCCGGCAGCAGGAUCCAGAGACGUUCAUCAGUGAGAUCAAGUAUAUCGCCAGCGACCCCGAUGACAAAUACUUUUUCAACGUUACAGAUGAAGCUGCGCUCAAUGACAUUGUGGAUGCUCUUGGAGAUCGCAUCUUUACUCUCGAAGGUUUGUAAUAAGGAGGAAGGAGCCGAGCUGAAGAUACUGGCACUGUGAGAAGAAUUUGAGAAAGAGAAGAAGAAGUGGCACGUUAAGAUAUAGGACAAAAGGUAUGGGCGUCAGGUCAAUGUGAAGCGAGAAUGAGGAGAGGAAGUUAGAGGGAGUGCACGGCUAUCAUGAGAAGAAGGCUGAUGAAACAUGAUGAUACCCCUGCAAAUGUUUAGGGACAUCAGAGAGGAAGAGACAGGAGGAGAGGAAAGGGUGAGGCAUGUCUGCCACCUGUGGUCCUCCCAGUGAGUGGGAGUACUUGCUGAUGCCGUCUAGAUCAGAUCCUCAGAGGCCAAGGAAGGAAGGGAGGAGAUGUGUGAAGAAAAAACCAGACACUUUGCUCUCUAUCUCCUCCUGUAGGCACGCUUGGAUACAACCAGAGCUCGUUCCACAUGGAGAUGUCUCAGAUCGGCUUCUCAACACACACACUGGACGUGAGUAAUCGUUCAUCUCUGAGCCAAGUGUGUGUUUUUACCUGUAACUUCUCAACAACAAAUCAGUAAAUGUGUGGUACUGUUUAGGAUGGCAUUCUGUUCGGGAUGGUGGGCGCUUACGACUGGGAUGGCGGAGUGUUGAAGGAAGGGAUCAACGGGCGCAUCAUGCCGCCCAGAGAAGCGUUUGAGAGCGAGUUUCCACUGGAGCUAAAAAACCAUGCUGCUUAUUUAGGUAUUCACACAUUCACACACCGAACAUUAUCUUCAAUGGAUCCCAUUUGUAGUUUAGCAUUUCAGUGCACCGCUAUUACAGAUUAUUGUGUCAGUGUUUGGUAUUGAUGUAGCAACGUCCGAGAUAUAAUUCAACUGUUUAAAACAUUCACUGCAAAUUAUUUGGUUAUUACUAAGACAAAAAAACUUAGAUUUAGAAGUGUUAGAUAAUUUCUCUUGUUUUAAGACUUAAUUUCAUACUUUAAGUGUUUAACUUUGUCUCAAAUAGGCACAAUAUCUUAAAAUGAGGAAAAAAACGGUUAAAAUCAGUUUUAUUCCAUCUGUCUCCCAAAGUUUCAUCAGAAGGAAUCUUGUUUUAAGAUUAAGUAAGCCUUGUUUCAAGAUAAGCCUGCUUGGAUUGACACAGAGUUUAGUCAUUCUUCACUAAUACUGGGUAUUUUUUCUCUAAAUUUCUAGUUUUUGUUUAACUAAUCUUCAGCUUAAUUUGCUAAAAGUAAGAAUACAAAAUAUGUAAUUGCUUAUAUUUGGUAUAUUUCGCUUAUUUUAGGGCUGUAAAAGUAGUAAUCUGAUCUUAAAACCAGCAAUUUAUACUUAUUUUAUGCUUAUAUUUAGUAUAUUUAACUUAUUUUGGGGGCUGUAAAAGUUACAUUUGAAGUAAUCUGAUUUUAAAAUCAGCAUUUUUGGCUUACUUUAAGCCUUCCAAACACAUUUCUAGUCACGCUUGUCUCUAGAUUUAACAAUCUUAAUUUAAGAAAUCUUGUCAAGUGAAAUUAUCUUGCUGCAUGGACGGAUAAUUUCACUUGUUUUUAUUACCUUUUCCCCUCAGAUUUAGCGUUUUUAUCUUGUUUUUAGAACCCCUUUUUUGCAGUGUUGAUUUUGCUCACUCAUAAUUUAUUGGUUAGUUUAACUUUAGAAAAAAUUACGUCAUAGAUUUCUAUCAUUUUACAUUCAGACCUAACUUAUGACUGCAUAAACAUUGAAAACAAUGCAGCUCGUAGCAGAAACUUUAAACUGACUCAAGUAGAGUUUUCUCUGAGCUGCUUGGUUCAUGCAGAAAAUAGUCCACCACAGUGCUCCAAGUGCGCCUGGUUUGUGGUGAACUAAAACGUUAGAAAAACCCCACUGUGACUCUUUGACUCUUAGUUGUAGGACACAGUUAUUUGCAGAGUUUGAUGAUGUGUAUCUGUGUGUGUUUCCAGGUUACACAGUAUCCUCUGUCAUAGUUGGAGACUGGAGGAGGCUUUACGUCGCCGGGGCUCCUCGGUUCAAACACAAAGGCAAAGUCAUCCUGUUUGAACUCAGUGAUGAGGGGGAUGUCAAAAUCGCACAGGCGCUCAAUGGAGAACAGGUAAAGCUUUCUUUAUGAAUGAUCUCACUCUUAGUCUGCAGUUAUUUUUACUGACUGGAGCAGAAAACAGCAGGUUUGCACAGAUUAAGGCAAGGGCUCCACCUACUGGCAGACAACUUGAAAAGCAUCUGUCUGUGUGCAGAUCGGGUCUUACUAUGGCAGUGAGGUUUGUGGGCUGGAUAUUGACCAGGACGGCAUCACUGACGUUCUCCUGGUUGCUGCACCAAUGUACCUCGGCUCAGGGAACAAGGAGGCCGGUAAAGUCUACAUCUACACCGUCAGCGGGGUAGGGCAGCAGUGGCACCGUCAUUCUUCUCCUUGUGAACUAUUAUACAACCAGCAUGAGAACAUGAACAUCAUCCGAUUUAGAAAUGAUGCUUUUUUUUACUUCUUAUGUUUCCUCUCUCUUAAAACUUCCCUAUAUUGUCUCAGGAAGAGGUGUUUGUCUCUAACGGUACCCUCAAGUCUGAGGAAAAGUCUCAGGAUUCCAGGUUUGGUUACGCACUUGCUGCAGCUCCGGAUCUCAAUCAUGAUGGCUUUACUGACCUGCUGGUGGGGGCCCCACUGGAGGAUGAGCACAGGGGCGCCCUCUAUGUCUACCACGGCAAUGGCAUUUAUGUCAUUCAUAAUUAUAAGCAGGUACUUGUCGUUGCUAUGAUGAGAUAUUUUCUUGUGUACUCCAGGAUUCAGCCAAACUGAUUUCUGUUUCUGCCUCUCUUGUCAUCUCAGCGUAUUACUGGGUCAUCGCUCUCCCCCUCCCUGCAGUAUUUUGGCCGCAGUGUGAGCGCCCGGUUGGACUUGGAUGGAGAUGAGCUGAUAGACUUGGCAGUGGGAGCACAGGGCAGCGCCGUGCUGCUCAGGUAGGUCGAGUUUAGAGGAAAGGGAAGGACAUUGCUAGGAAAGGCUGCGAGCACUUUGAGUUAAAGUAGAUUCAUACCAUAAAUUGGCACGACUGAAUUAGUCAUUGAUUCUUUCAAAUGAGGUGGGGUACGAUGAUUGACAGCUCUGUCGACAAAUGCAGAUCGAGCAACAUUCACUUGAUAAAUAAAGAGGAGAAGGAACAGCGAGAGGAAAUGUAAUGAACGCAAACACACAAUUCAGUCAACUUAAAGCUCCUGUGAGGAACUUUUAGUUUGUGUAAAUUUUGGCGCCCCCCUGUGGACAACACAGUUUUUACUUAUCUUGUCCUCAUUCUUGAGAAAAAAAAUGUCACCUUGCAGACUUUGACUGUCAAAUGUCUCAUUUAUCGUGAAUAUUUUCAGUGGAAGUUGUCAAAGUAGAGUUGACACCUUACCUCCUCGUACCGGUUUCAGACACUAAGAAUUACAAUAUAAAAAUCGCCAGUCUUGUUCCAAUGGUUCUGUGGCUCUGAGGGACAAAGGAUACAUAUAAUUAAUCUUCAUUUAAGUAUUCACACAGUCAAUUAGAGGUAAUUAUGCUUAACCAAAUAUUAAAUGCCUUGUCUAAAGCGAGUUAGUUGUCCUUACUAUCAGCCGUGACCGUAAGAAAUAAAUCAUCUCAGAGCAGCAGCUGGCUCCUACAGGUCUUUGGAGUCACACGGCUGACAAAUGAAUCCUGUUUUAUCAUCCACCGUCUGUCCUCUGUGCAGUUCUCGCAGCAUCGUCCGGAUCAAUGUGAGUCUGUCCUUUGAGCCGCACUCCAUCAACGUCAUCCAGAAGACCUGCCAGAGGGGAGGCAGGGAGUCUGCGUGUCUCAAUGCCACCGCCUGCUUCACAACUGUCUCCCGCUCCCCUGGACCGCACAGCAACAGCUUUGGUAUCACUCUUUAUUUUGACUCUCCCUCUCUCUCUUUUAUACUUCUUGAAGCGACUGCACAUUCAGUGACUUGGCAAAUGAUUAAAAUGGGAAUUUUCCAACACUCUCCAUCUGUCCCAACUACCUGCUCCCUUCUCAGAUCUGUGGUUGUCAGCCACGCUGGAUGACAGGAAGUUGUCUGCGAGGGCACUUUUUGACGACAGCUCCCACAGACAGACACAGCUGGUGGUGCCAGUCCACACAGGAAAGACUGUCUGCCACAAACUGCCCUUCCAUGUUUAUGUAAGAGUUCCUCUAAACAUGUUUGACACUACUCAGACAUGAAAACGCUGAAUCCAGUUCGUCACAAGUGCUUGUCUUUGUUUUAGGACACAGCAGAUUACAUCCGUCCCAUUAGUUUCUCGCUGCGCUUUAAAAUCAACAGUACAGAGAGCGGCCCAGUGCUGGAUGAAGGCUGGCCAACAACUGUUAAGAAAACUGUAAGUGACCCAUUCUUGACAAUUUUCCGACCGCUUAAGGUUUCCUGUUUUUUUUUUAAUUUUCCCACCAUAAAUCAUACCUCCCUUACUCUGCUCCAGAUCCAGUUCUUUAAAGACUGCGGCGAGGAUGAUGUGUGCACCACAGACUUAGUGCUGCAAGCCCACAUGGACAUCUCUGGGACAAGGUACGGAUUUCAGAUAUUUCCUCUGUUUUCUUCUCUUAUAGAGGAUUAGAAAUGUAUGGAAGCCCAUUUCCGCCAGUCAAAAAAAAAGUCGAAAUUACGAGAUAAAAAGUCAUAAUUAUGAGAUUAAAAAGUCAUAAUUAUGAGAUUAAAAAGUCAUAAUUAUGAGAUAAAAAAUCGAAAUUAUGAGAUAAAAAGUCAUAAUUAUGAGAUAAAAAGUCCAAAUUAUGAGAUUAAAAAGUCAUAAUUAUGAGAUAAAAAAGUCAGAAUUAUGAGAUAAAAAGUCACAAUUAUGAGAUUAAAAAGUCAUAAUUAUGAGAUUAAAAAGUCAUAAUUAUGAGAUUAAAAAUCGAAAUUAUGUGAUAGUAAGUGCGCAUGUUUUAUGGCGCCGUCUUCAAGGUCUUACUUCACCUCACUGGACGCACCAUGCAAACGAUACUCAUCAGUAAAUUAGGAAAGUAUUAUAGGUGUCUUUGAUAGAUAUUUAAUAUUACUAUUCAUUUAAUCAGUCCGUCCGUGCUGCUAAACAAAUUACGUUAUUUUGACAAUAUCUUUCAGCUGUCAGUGAUUCAUCGUUGAGACCUUGAAGACGGCGCCAUAAAACAUGCGCACUUACUAUCACAUAAUUUCGAUUUUUAAUCUCAUAAUUAUGACUUUUAAUCUCAUAAUUAUGACUUUUUAAUCUCAUAAUUAUGACUUUUUUUUUUUUUUUGACUGGCGGAAAUUGGCUUCCAUAGAAAUGAUCUACAAGCUGCUCAGUAAAGUUUUCUAGUGAGUCCUCAUUGUGAUUUCUCCGCAGACAGAAGCCUUAUGUGAUUCGGAGCCCUCGUAGGCGUCUGGCAGUAGAGGUGCAGCUUCAGAACAGACUGGAGAACGCCUACAACACAAGCUUGACGCUCCACUACUCACGCAACCUCCACUUCUCCAGCCUCAGUAUUAGGGUAAAUUACACUCCUAUAUACAUCAAACUCCUGUCAAACUUUUCACACAGAUCUGCGUAGACAAACUGACACAGUAUUUCUGUCUCUCACUUUCUCCCGCCGUAGGAGGAUGCCCACUUCAAGAUCGAGUGUACCGCGCUCGGUGCCAACAGCCACUCAUGUAACGUCAGCUAUCCAGUAUUCCGCUCCCAGUCAAAAGUACAUCCAUGCUGAGGGAGUAACCACCCCUCUCCUGACUCAGCCCACUCAUACUUCACUCCCUCCAGGUGUCGUGUAUCACUCCAGCAGCCUCUUCUCUCUUGUGUUUGUUUGCAGGUUAACUUCAUGCUGGAGUUUGAGUUCAGCUGCACGUCUCUGCACAGCCGAGUGCAGAUGAAGCUUCAUGCCUCCAGGUAGUUCACAACAGCAAAUAGAUCAGAUCUGGGAAUAAACGGUCCAAAGUGUGCUGUCUUUUAUUGACCUUGUGUUACCUUCUGGAUGUCCCAUAGUGACAGUGUGGAGAGAGAGGACACUUUGGGGGAUAACAGUGUUCAGCUGCAAACGUUUGUUCAGUAUGAGCCAGAUCUGUUUGUAAGCAGGUAUGUGUGUGCAGGAAAUCAUAGCUUUUCACCUAAAUUCACGCUGUUCAAAACACAUUUUUAAAAUCGUCUUUUUCUGCGCAGUGACUCUAAUCUGAACCGAUAUGAAGUCCAUCCCACUCGCACCGUGUCAGAGGCAAUUGGACCGGAGUUCUACACACACCUCAGGGUAAAAUCAUGACUAUGUGCUUGUUUGUGAGAACAGAAAUCAUCAUGAAAAAUGAUUAAAAUUGGUGGCAUGUCUUUGUUUGUGUUUGUAGCUGCAGAACCUCGGCUGUUACUCCGUGAGUAAUCUUGAGCUCAGGCUGCAUCUGCCCUCUGUGGCAGCAGGAGACCGAGUCUUUAUGACUGUCACUGAUGUAUUUUCCUACAACGUGAGUUCAUCUGCUGCGUAGAGUGUUUGUCCCUCCUGUUUAGAUCAUGUCUGACAUAUUUAAAUCCUCCCCCCGCAGGCCACAGGGGUGAACUGCAGCGUGCAGAGUGAUCUUGCCCAGCUGAAGGCCAGGCAGAGAGACAUGCGCCUGCUUCAUCCUGAAGACAUGAUGCAGAAUGACAUACUGGUGAGCCCCCCUGGUGAUACAGCAGCUGCUGAGCACUGUGCAGCGUUAGUGUGUGUGUGUGUGUGUGCGUUAACAUGCUAUUUGUUUGUGUGUGUGUGUAGAACUGCAGCAGGUCGUGGUGUACUGAGGUGGUGUGUGAAGUCCAACAGCUCCUAAAAGGCCAAGCCGCCAUUAUUCGUGUCAGCCGCAGAGUUCAUGAUGAUUUUUUCAGAAAAGUGAGUCCUGCAACAGAAAUGUCCACACUCAUCUGCCCUAUGACACAAACACUGGUCAUCACAUCUGUGUCUCUUUUUUUUAAGGCCAAAUAUAAGUCAGUGAGGAUAGUAGGUGCCUAUCGCCUCGCCGCUCAGGAGACGAACCUCAUCACUCUGGGCACAGGGACAGUCUGGAGGGAGGUAAGAAGACUGAACUCACUGCCAUGUUAGUUUUAGGCUGUCCUGAGGGAGAAAAAGAAACUCUGUAAAACUAUAAAACAGCCCAAAAAUAAUGCAAAAUCAAAAACAGACCUCUAUUUUUUCAGGUCUUUUACUUGGAUAAGAUUCCACUACAGCAUGUUGUUCCUUCCCAAUGAGCAAUAGACAGCUAUUAGACAUCUAGUUAUUUUUUCGACCUAAUUUCUAAUCUAGAUUCUGUAUAUCUGUAGACGGAAUUUAGACGUUACACUUUAACCCGCUAUUCGAUAAGUAUUUAUUUCAAAACGCAACUGUGAGUUGCAUAACUGAUCUCCAAGUACUAAACCAAAAUAAUUAUGAUAGCAGUUGAGCAACAUACUGGUAGACCUCUGUUAGCUGGCUAGUCUAAACUUGGUCUAAAUUUAGACGUCUGAAAACUUUCAUUUUUAGACCUGUGGUCGCCUGAUUUUAGACCAGUCGUCUAGACUACAUUUAGAUGUCUAUUAGACCUCUUUUAGACAGAAAAAUGCUCAGUGGGUUCUUUAUAAGACACAUUAGGAAUAAAGCCGUUCGCUUAAGAACCAAAACAAAUGAUGGUGAUGCCAAAAGUCACAACCAUUAUCAAAAUAUUCAAAAUGGUCCAGAAAACCUUUGUCAUGAAUAGUUUGCCUCCCUUUUAAACAUACAAAUGCAGUAUUCGUCAAGUAAUGAAUGAUUUGGGGUUUAGAGCAUCAGUCUUUCUCUCUAAUUUUUCAUAUUCGGUUUAAUUUUAAAGAAAAAGACAUUUUUUGUCUAAUCUCUUCACUUCUGUCUCGUUCUGUAGACUGUGCUGGAGGUGUUGAAGGGCAGAGCUAUUCCCAUCUCACUUUGGAUUUUAAUUGGAAGCAUCAUUGGUGGUUUGCUGCUUCUGGCCCUGAUAAUUUUUAUACUAUGGAAGGUAUUUCACCAGAUUGUUUGAUUUACAAUUAAUAAAGAAUUGCUUUUUUUUUUUUGUUUACAGCACGAUAACUUACCCUCUAAUGUCUCUACAGCUGGGAUUCUUCACACGCAAACUCAGAGGAGAGGAUGAGAACCACGAGGACUGAGCCCGAAUUCUGCUGCCAUGACAACAGUCAUUGGCUACGAUGACUACCACAUUAACUGAGUCUGCCUCUUACCAGGCACAGUGAUAGCUCUGGGACUGGACUCAACCAUCACAUGCGAUAGGGACCUCCAGGACCAAAGAGAGAAACACGCGGGUCCAAUAGAAAUGCACUACCAACGAUUUCCAGGGUUGGGAGCACUUAUGUAAAUAAUCCUGUUCUGUUUUUUUUAAGGGACGUGUAUUAAACCACAAUUCUUCUAUUUAAUAUACAGACAUCUCUUUGGUUUUUUCAUUUCAAAUGAUCACUUUGUCUGAUGUUUGUCUUACAGUUUAGAGUUUGUUCUUAAAUGGAAUAAAAACUUUAUAAAAAAAAA